AUGUCCGAUGGUCAGCAUCAGAACUCGAUCUGGAAACAGCAACUUAGUUCAAUGCUACCCUCCCGAGCGCAGUGCGACCUUUUAGUCAACUUCUACAUCGACCACAUAAAUUGGAUCUUUCAGACUCUUCAUGUGCCAUCUUUUCGACGAGAGUACUCACAGUUCUGGGAAGAGGACGCGGAUCACGGAGACUGUAUCUGGCAUUCUUUACUUUUUACUAUCCUUUCUGUAAGCGCGCUUUACGUACCACUUGAAUCCGUCGGCGUUGUUGGGGUUCCAACCGAAUCGAUACGUCCACUUGCACGAGUCUGGUAUAAUGCUUCUCAGCGGGCGCUUAGAGCCGGCGAUUAUGAGGCACAGCCAUGUAUUCCACAACUUCAGACCUUUAUCAUAACUCAACUAUAUUGGUACGCAACUAAUCAACUAGAAAUUCUCAAUUCCCGCCUUGGACAAGCUGUACGGUGUGCCCAAGCAAUUGGAUUGGACAGAGAUACGAUGCCGUCUACAUGCCUGCGGGACGAAAUUCGUCAUCGUAUGUGGUGGGAGCUCGUUGAUUCCGACAUGUUUCAGACAAUAUGUCUUGAUCGCGCGCCGCUCAUCCGACUAAAGCACUGUCACGUCCCGUUGCCUCUGAACUGUAGUGACGGUGACCUGACUGAGACUUCAAUUUCUGUUAAGCCAAUGGAUAUCCCCACGGAGAUUGGCCUUAACAUCUGCAGGGCACAGUUAUUCCAGCUCCUCAACAUGCGGUACCAUGAUGAUGACGAUUACGAUGAGAGCGGUCCGCCAUACGAGCGCCUCCAAUAUAUCGACAGCAAAAUUGAGAAGUUGUUGAAAGAGCUGCCGUGGUACUUUCAGAUAAGCGAACGUGGACAACUCCCACAACCCCCUGGAUCGCUGCAAGAAGUACUAACUUGGCAACAUCAUAUUUUGCGGACAUGUAUUUACACACAGCGAAUCCGGAUGUACAGACCCUUUCUUGGCGCUGGUAUCGGAGACGCACGCGAUAAAUGUAUUAGUGCUGCCGAAAAUGCAGUCGUGGUUUACCGCUGCUUACGCAAGGACAACGCACCAACGUCCUGGCACAAGUUUCUGCCACAAGCUUAUCAGAUAUUCUCUGUGGCAGUCACAGUGGCGGCUCUUUUGUUAGUGGAACGCAAUAUCCAAAUACCGAGCUUGUAUGAUGCUGUUAAAGAUAUGGUUGAGGACCUGGAGAUUCUGGAGCGGCAUGGCUGUCACGUUCCUGUGGCUACAAAGGGGAGAACGGUUCUACUUAGGCUGCUCACUAUGAUAGAAAAGCGGACUGCUGGGGAGACGGCAUCGGACGAGGCGCAGAGUCUUGUGCCCCAGAUAUCUGGUAUAAUGGGCGGAGAGCGGACGACGAGGGCAUACAUGAGUCGGUUAGCGAGUGGCACCUCGCAUGCCGAAAAUACACCUGUCAGACUCGGGGCAACUUCAAACGAGACACGAAAUGACGACUUGGAAAUGAACACAGCUGUGGCGAGGGCGGAUGACGCUUUGGAUGUCUCUUGGAUGAGUUCCCUACUGGAUGUGUCGUUUGAUGACAUGGCUGGAAUGUUUGCAUUUGAGAAUAUGAAGGACGGUGGAGGCAAACUGGCUUUGCUUAACUGGGACAUGACGGGACUGCUGAUGAAUGCCCAGCAGAGCAAUUCACAAAUGUCAUAG